GAGGGAAGAUGGAAAAUUUGGAUGACUAUACCCAAAUGAUGACUCAAAAGGAAGAGGAGAUUAGGAAUCUUGCUAUCCUCAAAGCAAAGAAGCUUGAGUCCGUUCUCAGGAGUAAAGAUGCUGUUAUUAAGGAUCUCGAGAGCCAAAUAGAGUCUCUGAAUGAACAAGUUAUAAAUAACCAGACAAAGAAUGACCAACUUGAAGAGACUUUAAAAGAGCAUGAGGAAAAAUUUGUAGAUCUCAGCCAACUGUUUCAAGACAAAGACGAGCAGAUAGAAACCUUACAGAACCAACUUGAUGCCCUUGAUAGCUCUAAAGUUCAAGAGAUUUCUUCUCUAGAGCAAAACUUAUUAGAAGAAAAAGAGAAAUGAGAUAAGCUUGAGUCUAUCCUAAAAGAGCUAGAAUGGGCUCAUGACCAAAUUAAAUAAGGAUCAUGAUGAAGAGCUUGAUCUCAUAAAGUCCCAAAAUGAUGAAGUAAAGAGAAGAGCUGAAAUGCUCCAACAAGAAACUAGAGAUGAAGUCGAGAAAAUGUAUAGAGCCAAAAUCACUCAAAAAGAUCUUGAAAUCUCAAAAAUUCAAGAGAAGCUAGACUCUGAGACUCGGAGGUAUAAUCAAGGUAUUGCUGCUGUAGAGUUUGAGAACAAAAAUUUAAGCAAAGAGAUGGCUGACUUGAAGUCUAAGGUUAUCUCUACACAAGCUGAAAAUGAUGAUAUGGCUAGCCAAUUAACAAUCAAGCAAAUUGAUCAAAAUAAGUUAAUCGAGAAACAGAAGCUCAAAAUUGGGCAACUAGAGGCUGACAUUGAGGCACAAACUAGCUUACAUAAGGAAAGGGUCAGGGAUUUGAGUCAACAAGUUGAGAAAUUGUUGCAAGAAACCCAUUCUAAGGAUCUUGAGCUUACUUCACUCAAGGAAAGGACUCAAUAUGAUAUCAAAACUGUAGAAGAGAGGUGCAAACUUGAUAAAGAAAGACUAGAGAAUAAUUACAAAUUCCAGAUGCGAAAGCAAGAUGAUAAAAUCCUUGACCUCGAGCGAGAAGUUGAGAGGCUGCGCCUUAAAGAAGACGCCUCCACUAACAAGAUAAUCUCGCUAGAAAGAAGCCUAACUCAUCAUACUGAUCGAAAGGAUCAAGAAUGGAAAUCUAAAUUUGAAGCAAAUCAGAGAGAAAUGAUGGAUCUAAAGCAAUCUUUACAAGAGAAAACUAACAAAAAUUAUCUUAUGAAAGAAAAAUUAGACUCUGUAGAGUUGAAUCUAGAAUCAAAGAACAACGAAUGCAAGAAAUUAAGGUUCGAAAUCCGAGAAUGAGAAGACAGGAUCAGAGAACUUGAGGACCAAGGUCAUUCAGCUCUAAAGAAAUUGACCAAAGGGUCACAAAAUCAAUCAGAGGUGGUGAAAAGUCUCCAAGAUCGGAUAUUAGAGUUAGAGAAGGAGUUGAGAGAGAAACAUGCAUUAUCGUUAAAUCACAAAGAGAAUGCAAAUCAUUUCCAAGCAAAGGAAAUAGCUUUCUCAACAUCAAAGAAAUCAAAGAAGUCUAAAAAGAUAGCAUUCGAUGAUCUCGGACUAGACGAUGAUUUGUCUGAUGAUUCUUUGCUAAGAGAUGGGUCUGAGGCUAACAUUACUGAGAAGUUACUCCAAAUUAAACCAGAAAGAGAUGGGCCUGCAGAAAACUUCUCUCUUGAAGCUCUUCAGAAGGAAAACCAGCAGCUUAAGUUGGUCAUCACAGAGAUGAAAGAUGAAAUGGAGAAGAUAGCUGGCUUGAAGGCUGAAAAGAAGAUGGAUAGGUCAGCUAGUGAGUUAAAUUUCUAUAUGAAUACUAACAAGAAGUUACUCAGCCAGCUCGACUCUGAGAAGGAAAGACUGGAUAUACUCGAUAAGGAGGUUGAAAUUAAAGCAAAAGAGCUUGAAAUUGCAAAUAGUGCUAUCACGAACCUAUCCAAGAAAAUGUCAUUGAAGGACAAAGAUAUAGCAAUCCUCAUUGAGAAAUUGAAGCAACAAAAAGGUGUCAUUGUUUCACUGAAGGCAGAAAGAGAUAAGCUUGUAGGAAUCUCUAAUGAUCUUAGAGAGGAAUUGAGUUAUAAAAAUAAGCUUGGCGAUUCACAAUCACAGGUUUCUUUCAGAAAUUUUAAUGCCCAGAGUGUUGAAUUAGAGAAAAUUGAGGCUAAGAAGCAAGACUCUGUCAGAAGCAUCACUCUUGAGUGAGUGAGGUGUAGAGAAAUCAGUCAGAUUCAAACUAAAAAUCAAGAAAUUCAAUGUAAUACUAUCAUGGAGGUUCCUAGAUACAGUCAAGAAGAUUUAGAAGUUAGAUCAAAUGAUCGGUACAAGUGUAAGCCAGAAAUGAUGAUCAGUCAAUCAGUGGCACUCGAUCAGAAUGAUGAGAUCCAAAAAUUGAAUGAUGAGGUCAACCAUUUGAGAGAAACAGUCGAGGAUUUAAAAAUUGACCAUAUGAGGGACACCAUUGAGGAGAUUCGGAAGAGCGGACUUGGAGUUCCAAUGUCUGAGGAUGAAGAAGCCUUCAACCCAAAUUCUAUUGAGAUGCUACUAAAGCAUAGGGAAGAGCUUAACAAGGAAAUCCAAGUCAACCAUGGUUCAUAUGAUUCCCGCCCAGAAAGAGAUACAGGGGAUUAUCAAGAAGCUGAAAUGCGAAAGAAAAGGAAAGAUAAAGUUGUCAAAAAUAGAUUGGCAGAGUUGAAGAAUGUUUAUGAACAAAAUUUAGAUGAAUUUAUGGAUGAAAGUGAGCCAUCAGUUUAUUAA